AUGAGUGUGAGACGUUUAAUUCGUUGGUUUCAUAAUCGGAUUCAGAAUUACAAUCUUUUCAUCACGGGUGAAGAUGAAUAUGAAGAUAACAUUCAUCAGUCAAAAGAUCCAACAACAAUUCUCAAACAACAACGAUAUACAACUUGGCUUUAUAUUUUUCUUCUUAUGAUAUUUCUUUAUACACUCUUCUUUAUCGCAUUACUGAGUCCUCAGCGUCGAACAGUGAUAAUCGAAAAUAUCACUCCAAUUGUCUUCAAAGAACUUUCUUCUGAACAUGGUGAAACACUUUCUUGUCCGUGUUCAACAAUUACGACGACAUAUAAAACCUUUGUUACAAAUAAUAUUUCAUCGCAUCCUGUAUGUUCAAGUGUUUUUGUUAGUAGAGAAUGGAUUGAAGCGCUCUAUAUAGCAGAUGCAAGUCGAUACUUAGUGAUAGACUUUCGAACAACAGCUAAAUCUCAAUUUGAUCUACUAGCCGCAUUGUGUACAGCCUCAAAAGAUGCCGUUUUUCAGGCAUUAAAUGAUAUCGACAAUCAAGAACUAGUCACCGUCCAACUUCUUGAAACAGCAAACGUUCAAUCUCAAGUCGAAGCAAAUGUUGAUUUCAUUUUAGCGAUGGCAUCAUCGAAAAUCACUUCAAUUUUAAAUUUUCUCCAAGUUUUAUAUCAAUCAAAUACUUUAGUUUCCGCUCUGAAUACAAAUGCACUGGUUACUUUCUAUGAUUCGAGAGCUUUAGGUACUUUUCCUAAAAUGUAUAUAGAUCCUACAUAUUAUUUGCAUUUAACGCCUAAUUACACCAAUUUGGAAUAUGCUUUAUCUUGUGCUUACGGUAAUUCAACUGCUCCAGCUGGCAUUUUCACAAUGCCAAAUCCGCAAUACAAAGAAAAUCAUCAGAACUGGGCUCAUGCUCCAGUUUCCUUGGCACCGUAUGCUUUCAAUAUGAUUGAUGGCUUUUUUGGAGGAUGUACUCCACUUGACGCUCUUCUUGCAAGUACCCUUGAUUGUCUGUAUAAAGUGAACUGUCUCAAAAACAUGACUGGUUACUUUCCACGUCUUGAUGAUACAAAAUCAUUUUGGAACAAUACACUUCCACCUUCAGAACAACUAAACAUUUCUGUGAAGAAUUUAAUCAAAAGUCUUUUUAUUGAAGGACGAUCGACAGAAGUCAAUUACAUGAAAUAUUUUAAUCAAUGUUCUCCGUCAUUCUGCACAUAUACAACAACAGAUCAAAUUAAUUUUUCUUAUAUAAUUACUCUUCUAAUUAGUCUUUAUGGUGGUUUAACUGCUAUACUUCGAUUCAUUGCACCUGUUUUGAUAAAUGCGAUACUAAUCGUCAAAAAUCGUACUCUAAAGAUCAAUAUUAAUCAUCAGCGAUGUUUAACAUCGAUUCACAAAUUGGGCGAAUGGAUAAAACAAUUGAACUUAUUCAAAUCAGUUGCUGAUCGAACAACUGAUGAUAUUAAACAACAACGUAUUACAACACGUCUUUAUUUGAUUCUGUUCACAAGUUUAAUUCUUAUUUUCUUAUUGUAUCAUUCAUUCAAUACGCAAACAGUUAUAAUGGUACAAUAUAAUCCAUCAUUUCUUACCUACAAACAUUUACAAACAAUGUAUUUGAACACAUUGAAAUGUCCUUGUUCGAAAAUAGCAAUGCCCUAUAAAACAUUCACUUCAUUAUCACCUACUUUGCAUCAAAUUUGUUCAAGUGAUUUAAUUGGUGAGUCAUGGAUUUCAUUUCUUGUCGAAGUGGGAACGUAUAAUCCUGAAAAUACAUGGGUGACCGAAAGUGGCCGAUAUUUCCAAAUGUUAUCGUCUCUCUGUCAAUUAAUUAAACAAACAAUUGAUGAAAAUGUUCGCCGUUUUUUAUCACAAACUUUUGCUACGUCACAUGUACUUAUUGAACCUGAUUUUAAUGCUCAAUUAAAUGCAACUAUUUCACAAUUUACACAAUCAAUAAACAUUAGUUUUAGUCUUUUAAUCGAAGUAAUGCGAACUUUUAUGCAAAUAGAUCAACCUUUGACAAUAUUCACAACAGCAGAUUAUUCACAACUAAUCCCAUUGAUUGUUGUGAAUAAUAAUACUGGUCAAGAUGAGAUACAAAUCAAAUUUCAGUGGAAUACAUUACUUAACGAUGACGUCUUCGACACAAAUUGUGUUUGUGCCUUUGAUACUCAAUGUCGAAGUCCACUGCGCGUCAAAAUUAUUGAUACAUUAAGUAUCUUGACUCAAUCACUAAACUCCUGGUCCGAUAUUAUCGGUUAUAGGCCAUUAGGUAUGUUUGAAGGAUGUUUCACUAUUGAUUCACUUCUUUUAUCAACACUCGAAUGUUAUUUUUCAACCCUCGAUUGUUUGCCGAUCAUCUUAUACAAUUUAAAUCAAGCGAGAAUAUCCACAGAGAUACCAUGGAUCAAUGUUCAUCCACUCUUUUAUCGUGAAACAUCAACUCGUUUUGCUCGAAAUACUUCACUGAAAUUGAUAUUAAAAGAAAUCAUGAUUGAACAAUGGAAUCCAUCAUUCUUAUUCAAUGAUUAUUAUGAUGUUUGUGCACCAGAUUAUUGUACUUAUUCGGAGACAAAAUAUGGUGAAAGUUUCAUUGAAAUUCUGAUCGCAUUAGUUUCCAUGAUUGGUGGUUUGAUGGUUGUGCUGCGCAUCAUCACACCUCUACUUAUCAAAUUGAUCUUUCGUGUAUCACAUCCACAAGUAAAAAAUCGACAACCAGAACGUCGUAACUUAUCCUAUCGAUUCAAAAUCAAUCUGAAAAAACUGAGUAUGUUCGUCCAGAGUAAACUGCUGAAUCUAAAUCUGUUUCCACCAUGGACUUUUGGAAGUGAUAUCGAGCGAACCACAGCAAAAUAUUAUGGUCAAUUAUCUACUCGUCUUUAUAUCGUUGUUCUCGUCCUCAGUAUUGUCAUCUCUGCUCUCUACACAGUUAUUCGACCUCAAACAUUGACGAAAACAUUUGUCAAUCCAUCCUUCGAUACCUAUUCUCGUCUCAUUCGAGAUCACAAAAAUGAACUUCAAUGUCCCUGUUCGACGAUUUCAUCACCAUACAAAAACUAUGUUGCAAUACAACCCAUAAUUCAUCAAAUUUGUUCAAGUCGUUUUGUUUCGAGUGCAUGGCGAAUGAAUCUUACAAACGAUCUCACUUCUGAUUUAUCUACUUAUGAUGAAAAAGACUAUCGACGGUUUCUCUCAGCUCAUUUGCAAUUUCUGACUCAAUUAUGUGAACUUUCUAAUCAAUCAGUGGAAUAUUCUAUUCAACAAAGUCUUUCUUCACUUUUCAUCACCAAUCAACUUUUGUCAGAAACAUUGUUUGUCCCACAUAUUGAAUCUAUGAUUAAUAUGACUAAAUCAAGUGCACCUGUAACACUUGCUCGUCUUCUCUUUCUUUUACGAUCGACAAGUCGUGGAAAUGCAUUUGUUUCAACAUAUGGAACAAACUUUCAUUAUAUUAUUCCUUUUUAUGUCACUUUAGGAAAGGUUGUUUGUCACACUGAAGCAGCAAUUUAUGACAAUAAUUGUUCAUGUGGAUUGAAUACAACUUGUACUGUACAAGCCAGCUUCACUACAGCAAAUUCAUCAAAACCUGUUCCAAUCGACGGAUUGAAAAUAGGUUGUACACCAAGUGAAUCAUUUUUAGCAUCAACUCUCCAAUGUUUCUAUAAUUCAUCAUGUAUUGAUCUCAUUUAUGAAAUGGCAAACUCUCGUAUGAGCGAUAUUCCUGAUCCUUUGAACACAACUAUCAGUCGAUUUUCAGUAAAUAUGACUGUUGCUGAUCUUGUCAAUGAAUUAUUUGUUGAAAGAUGGUCAACAAUAAUGGAUUAUUCAUCAUAUUUUCAUAUAUGUUCACCUAAAUCCUGCUCAUAUACUUACAGACAACAGCUCGAUUCAUUUUAUACAGUUACUUAUCUUCUUGGUCUUUAUGGUGGACUUUCACUUAUUCUUAAAUGGAUAUGUCCAAAAAUAAUUUAUCUCAUGAUGAAAUUCUAUGAAAAUCGAAAGAAACGAAGACAUUUAGUCGAACCAAUACGCAACAUUGAGACAACAACUAAUGGUAUAAAACGCAAGUCUUUAAAUACUCAUCAAAAGACUACUCCUUUGGAAACAAAACCAACGGUUUCAAUACAGACGAUAAAUUCAUUUUGGACAUCAUUGGGCUAUUGUGGAUUGGGUUUAGUGUUGUUUGGACUUAUUGCAACACUUCUUAUCGCUUCAACUUUUUAUUAUAUUCGACAAAAUAACAAACAAUCUAAAACAAUAAACGAUGUCUCCAAUAGAACUGUUAAUUUCAACAUUAGUAUAUCUAAUAAUGUUACCCUGGAAGUUUUCAAUACAACCAACACUUUUACAAUCCAAGACAAUUCCUCGAUACUGUACUCAACUUACAUAUCAGCGUUAACUACGCGUAGUCCAAAGUAUUGUCGUCAAACUUUUUGUACUGGAUCACUUUAUCAUUACCAAGCUUUAUUGAUUAAUGUGUCUACAAGUGGAUAUUAUAGUAUUGCAUCAGGCGGUGGGUUGUAUGUAUAUGGGUGUUUGUACAAUGGCACUUUUGAUCCUUUGUUUCCUUCUGAAAACUUAAUUGUUGAGAAUAGAGAAGGUCCUGUGCUUGGGCAAUUUGGAAUCAAAUAUUUUUUUCAAUCUACAGAAACAUAUAUUUUGGUUGUAACAACACAAUAUGCAGGUGAUACAGAGGUAUUUUGGCUCUUCGGAUUCGGUGUUGCACCAAUUACUUAUAAUCAACUAAAUCUAACAGAUCUGCCAGUUGUACAAUCAACCUAUUCAUCAGCCUUGACGGAUUUUAGUCUAACAUAUAGUCGUUCAUAUAAUAGUUCAGAACUGAUCUACUAUUAUCAAGCUAUUCGAAUUAAUGUAGCAACGAGUGGUUAUUAUACCAUAGCAUCGAGCAGCCCUAUGGAUACUUGUGGAUAUUUAUACAAUGGUACUUUCGAUCCUUCAUUCAUUUCUCAAAAUUUAAUCGUUGCGGAUGAUCUUUAUAUGGGGUAUCAUCGCCUUGCACUGGUAUAUUUUCUUCAGUCUGCAGAAACGUAUAUCGUAGUCGUAACAACAGCGUAUCCGUUUGAUAUAGGCACGUUUUCACUCAAUGGAUAUGGCCCAGGAACCAUUGUUUAUAAUCGACUAAGUACGACAGAUCCUCCGAAAAUACAAUCAAUCUAUUCGUCCGCUUUGACAAUAUAUAGCCCAAAAUAUUGCCAUGACAGUAGUUAUUGUUCUGAAUUUAUGCAUUACUAUCAAGCUAUUCAAAUCAAUGUUUCAACAACUGGCUAUUACAGUAUUGCAUCAGAAAGUGAUAUGUAUACAUAUGGGUAUCUGUAUAAUGGUACAUUUGAUCCUUCAUUCAUUUCUCAAAACUUAAUUACUGGGAAUGACAACAACACUGGAUAUAGCCAAUUUAGAUUUGUAUAUUAUCUUCAAUCUACAGAAACGUAUGUUAUGGUUGUGACAACAUAUAUUAUAUAUGCUACGGGAAGAUUUUCACUCAUCGCGAUUGGUGCAGGAAGGGUCAAUUAUGAUCGACUAAGUAUAACAGGCUCUUCGAGGAUAUAUUCGAUCUAUUCGUCCGCCUUGACGAAUUCCAGUGCAAUAUAUUGUCAUAAAAUCUAUUGCUAUCCACCAUCCUAUUCCUAUCAAGCUAUUCAAAUCAAUGUUUCAACAAGUGGCUACUACAGGAUUGCAUCAAACAGUACUAUGAAUACAUAUGGAUAUCUGUACAAUGGCACAUUUGAUCCUUCAUUCACUUCUCAAAACUUAAUUAUUGAGAACGACAACAGUGCUGAACAUGAACAAUUUGGCUUCGCUUAUGCUCUCCAAUCUGCAGGAACGUAUGUUGUGGUUGUGACAACAUACUCUGCACGGAUUACAGGAGCAUUUUCACUCAUCAUGGAUGGUCCAGGAACGGUCAAUUAUGAACAACUAAACACAACAAGCCCAUCAAUAAUUCAAUCGAUCUAUCCUUCAGCCUUGACGGAUUUCAGUGCAACAUAUUGUCGUAAAAUCUAUUGCUAUCCACCAUCCUAUUCCUAUCAAGCUAUUCAAAUCAAUGUUUCAACAAGUGGUUAUUACACUAUUGUAUCAAACAGUAGUAUGGAUACAUAUGGAUAUCUGUACAAUGGCACAUUUGAUCCUUCAUUCACUUCUCAAAACUUAAUUAUUGAGAACGACAACAGUGCUGAACAUGAACAGUUUGGCUUCGCUUAUGCUCUCCAAUCUGCAGGAACGUAUGUUGUGGUUGUGACAACAUACUCUGCACGGAUUACAGGAGCAUUUUCACUCAUCAUGAUUGGCCCAGGAACGGUCAAUUAUGAUCAAUUAAAUAAAACAAGCCCAUCAAUAAUUCAAUCGAUCUAUCCUUCAGCCUUGACGGAUUUCAGUGCAACAUAUUGUCGUAAAAUCUAUUGCUAUCCACCAUCCUAUUACUAUCAAGCUAUUCAAAUCAACGUUUUGACAAUUGGCUAUUACAGCAUUGCAUCAAACAGUAGUAUGGAUACGUAUGGGUAUCUCUACAAUGGCACAUUUGAUCCUUCAUUCAUUUCCCAAAACUUAAUUAUUGAGAAUGACGAUGGCGCUGGAAGCCGUCAGUUUGGAUUGACAUACUACCUUCAAUCUGCAGGGACAUACAUUGUGGUUGUGACAACAUACUCUGCAGCUAUUAAGGGAAGAUUUUCACUAAUCGUAAGCGGCUUAGCAGCUGUUACUUUUAACCAUGAGCAAUGA